GUGAACAUGCCUGCUAACAAAUCAUCUGUGAUUAAUAAAUAUGGAGUAGUAUCUUCCUCUUAUGAAAAAUCAAAGCCACCAUUUUCAAUCACAAAAGAAUUCAUCUUGAGACUCAACCAAACAAAAAAUCCAAAAGAGGAGGAAGAACUGUUGGACAUAGCUAGAAAAAACCUUAUCAAAUGUAAGAGGAAAUUGGGUCUCAAAACCUUAGGUACUGGGAGGCAUGUGCAUCUUCCUACGACAUGGACUGAAGUAGUAUAUCUGGCUCAGUGCAAAGGAGAAAUCCAAGAUGAUCAUGCUACCUUUGAUUACGAUCAUCUGCCUGCCUUAUUUUUUGUUGCGGAAUCAGUUUUAUAUAGACUCUGUUGUGAUGCAUUCCUAAAGACGUACUUAUACUCAGUUGAAAUAAAGCUGGCAAAGAUUGGCUAUUUGGUCUUCUUACGACUUUUUAUAUAUUUCCUUCAUGGUCACCUGGAAAGUUUUAAACAACAUUUACUUAGGCUUCAACCAUAUUUAUACGCACUUUCUUUCUCUGGAUAAUUAUAUUGCAAGUAUCCAAACAUCUUUUCAAAUGUGCAGUGUAUUCUGAAAAUCAUGGAAAUUGUAUGUAAAAGAGAACUCCCUUCUCAAUCAAUUUUUAGCCCUGUGGAAGACAAGAAUGUAGAUUCUGGGAUGGAACAUUUGCAACUUACUCAGGAAGGAUAUGAAAUUAACCACCUGCUCUGGCACUGUGUUGCUGCCUGGACUUGUGUUCAGAAGAAUAGUCCCCAGUUGAAUAAGGUGCUUGAACAUCUCAUCUUUCAUAAAGCACAGCUUCAAGAGAAACGCUGGUUGGAUUCAGCACUGGCUUUGUUGGUCCUUGGGGAGGCUGCCAAAUUACACAUAGCCUGUUUGAAAGCUUUCAUGGACCUAAUGAGAGAUUUUCUUUUAAGCGUUAUGUCUGUUCAGAAUCAGGAAGAAAACUGCAAGGUCGAUGAUUUUUCCUGGGCCUGGAAUGUAGUCUACAUAUACAUAACAAUUCUUGCAGAAAUCUGCUUGUAUGCGGCCAAUUCUGAUUUGCGAAAAGCUGCUUUAAUUGGUUUCUGCGACUGUAAAAGUUCACAAAAAGAUAUUUUACCCACGGACAAAUCAGAAGAAAUGCCAGAAUUGAGGGAAACAAGUAUUUUAGGUCUUUUGGACUAUUUCUCUUCAAAAAUGUCAGAUAAUUGUGAUCAAGUAAAAUGGACUGGAUACUAUGGCUUAGUGUAUAACCUGCUGAAAAUGUCAUGGGAACUUCGAGGAGAUAAGGAGCAGGAUGGACUUAGAAACAAAAUAUGGCAAAUGUUACAGAAAACAAAGGAUCAUGAGAAAGAUGGGCGAAUCUGUAAUGCAGUAAAUAUUGCCCAGGCUGAGAUAAAUGACCCAACUGAUCCUUUCACAAGUUAUAGUACAAAAGUUUCAUCAAAUGUAGGGGAUGAAAAUUUCUCCAAAUAUAUAGGAUGGAGAAUUGCCAACAUACUUUCCAAACUAUUCUUCCCUUCCACUGAUACCUGUGUUCUUCCUUUGAAAAAAACAUUGAUAAAACGGCACCAAAUGAAAUAUCUGAACAAAAAGCAGGAUUCCAUGAAGAAGAGAGUUCUACAAUUUACUGUAAGGGAACAUUCUUCUAUGCCAGAAAUCGGCUUGUUUCCAUAUGCAGAUUUUUUUACCAAGGCGGACAAAGAGUUGGCAAGAAUCAUUGACCAUCACUGGCAGGAAGAGCUAAAGAUGCGACAAAAGGAAGACGCAAUAUGUGAGGCAGAAGAACGGAAAGAUAAAGAGUUAGAGGGAAAAAAUCGCUUCCAAGAAAUUAUGAAGAGAAGAGAAGAGACACUACGCAAGCAAACCAAACCCUAUGAGCUUCCUCCUAGGACUGAAGUAAUUUCAUUAGAAAUGAAAAUGAGCCCCCAAAACUGAGGUCCAUAUGCCAGAAAUUCAUUGCAUGAAAGAGACCAAGAUAGCUACAGGCUAGGAAAAAAUCCUUAAUUAACUGUAAGCCAUUUCUUAGAAAGGAGUUUAUCCUGGUGCAGGUUCUUUAAUAGUCAUAUCUUAGUCCCAAAUUAACAGUUAGCACUUAGUCACAUUUGAGUGAAGUAUUUUACUAGAUAAAUGUUUUCAAGAACAUGGCUAGAACUAAUUGACUCUUAUCUUGUGAUCAUACACAUACUUAAUGAUUCUCAGAGUAUUGAUUUUCAUUGGACAGUUAGAUGAAAAUGAAUUGCAAAUUAUUAAUGAGUCACAAAUAAGA